AUGGGUCCCCCAAGGUGGAAUCUUCCUUCAACAUCGGACAACAGAAAUGAUUUUGCGCUUUUUAUACACCAUGGGGGAAGAUUUGUAACUAUUGAGAACACUAAGGAGUAUUUUGGAGGUGAUGAUUCUUUUAGAUAUGGGCUUGAUGAUAGGGAAGAAGGGUGUUGUUCUGAGAAUGAGGAUGAGCAUGAGAAUUCAGGAAAGAAUGCAGUCUGUUCUCAGAGUGAGAAUGAGGAUGCCAAUGAUAAAUCUGAUGAGCAUCCAAGGAAUAAUGUUUCUGGUUCUGAGGAAGAUAUCAAUGAUUGUAUUGAUAAUUUUAUCAUUGGAGUUCAAGAUGAGCUUGAGCAGCCUGAAAGAGAAGAACCUACAAGGAGAGUUGUUUCUGCUUCUGAAGAUGAGGUUGAAGAUGAUGACUACACACCUGAGGAAGAGAGUUCUAGUUCAGAUAGGCUAUCAGCUGAUGAACUUGGCAUUGAUGAUAAAGAAUAUUUAAAUGCAAGAAGUGAAAGAUCUGCACUUAGAACAAAUGUACCUCCUGAGAAUGACCAACAUGAACUGACAACAGGCUGA